AUGUCUUCCCAGUAUCUGAGUGGUAAAGUGAUUGCGAUCACUGGCGCGGGCUCUGGAAUUGGUCUGGCAACGGCUCGUUACCUUGCAGAACGAGGCGCAAGUCUGUCAUUGGCAGACAUCGCGCAGCAGAACCUCGAGGCUGCUAUUGAAUUGGUCACGAAACACUCGCCUAACGCCAAAGUCAUCGGGACGGUCGUUGACGUGAGCAAGACCGACGAGGUCGAAGCCUGGAUUCAAAAGACGGUCUCCCAUCUAGGCAAGCUUGAUGGAGGGGCAAAUCUGGCGGGAGUUUUUACAGAAGAGGCGAAGGGAAUCGUGGAGAUGUCUGACAAUACUUGGGACUGGAUCAUUGGGAUCAAUCUGACGGGGCUAAUGUACUGCUUACGGGCCCAGUUAAAGGCCAUUUCGGAUGGCGGAAGUAUUGUCAAUGCAACCAGUGUUGCUGGAAUGGUUGGGUCUGCUCAGUUCCCAGCAUACUCCACAAGUAAGCAUGGAGUGAUUGGGUUGACAAAGUGUGCGGCUCGAGAAGCUGGGAGCCGCUCUGUGAGGGUGAAUGUGGUCUGCCCUGGGAGAAUCGAAACCCCCAUGAUGGCCAGGGCAAGUGCUCUGGUGCCAAAUCCACAGUUCGCGUCCGGCAGAGCAAUCGACCGGCCGGGUGAGCCAGAGGAAGUGGCUGCUCUGAUUGCUUUUCUACUCGGCGACGAGAGCAAGUGGAUCACUGGAUCAACGUAUGUCAUUGAUGGUGGUAGACUUUGCUGA